AUGACCGGCAUUUCACCCGUAGCGGACCCUCUCGCCAUCCUGCCUCCUGAGAUCGUUCUGCGCAUUUUAGAGUUCACCCCUAUCUCCGCUCUCGCAUCCCUUACCGCAGUCUCCAAGGCCUGGCACGAAUUUAUCGACGUCACACAUCAAGAAGCAAUCUACACCUCCGAAUCCAAAACCGUCCAACCGCCUGGAGGGGCCCGUGAUUUCUCUUUUCUUUCCGACAAUACCAGCUUCACGAAGCUGUUCGAAGGCACCACAUCAUGGAAAGACCUUUGUAAGCGCCAGACACUGCUCGCCCGUAACUGGGCCGAGUCCCAACCAGUUUGCCGGGAGUCGGUGGUGCAAAUCGGCAACGACCCUGUCUGGCGAUUUCGCCCGGACUUCAAGCGUCGGUUCUUCGUUUCCACUUCCCAUGCCGGAGGGUUAAAUGUCACUGAUAUGGACACGGGCCAGCUUCUGUGGCGUCUUCCUUCCACGUUAGAUAGUGACGAGGACGCAGUUCGUCCAUACGCGCAUCUGGAGUAUCAAGACGGAAUGGCUGUCUUUGAUCGCGAAGGAGAUGCGGUCGAGGUCUGGCAGGCGGAUUUGGAAGGCGCAGCACGUGGAGAGUUCCGGCGUAUUGCGGUCUUGAAUCACGAUUGUCAGACAAGAGGCUUUCAGUUGUCUUACUGGACACUCUGUGUGGUGUCUAGCCAGGGACGGGGUUUUGUGUACGAUAUGACACAAAGACCCCCCAAGUUGACCACGCGUGUUGAGAUCGAGCAUGGCGCCAUCGGCCAUUUAGACCAAAGCAAGGAUGCCGUGAUUUACUCCAUGGGGCCCGGAGGCUAUCAUGCCUAUGAUAAAACAACUGGCGCGUUUUUGGGCGCGUUGCAGCCGUCACAUUGUACGGACAAGUAUCAUAUUUGUCCACCGGCUGUUAGUUCUAUCUCGGCGAGCGCGGCAUUGGCGGGAGCCAUGCGACACUUUCCGCCAAAUCGGACAUUCCCUCUUGGGGCACCUCGCAAAGAUAGCCUGACGCCGCUCAAGAUUGCCAAAGGCCCGCUCCCACCACCCAGUGACCCUGGGCAUGUUAGACAUGGUGAGGACGAGUGGGGAGCUGGCAUGUUGCACGGCAACAUUUUCGUCGGCUUCUCGCGCGCUGGCCGUGUCUUCGUUUGCUCCAACUGGCGCAAAGCUCUGCAAGGCCCAGAUAGUCUCGCGGCUCACAGUUCCCUGAUUGAAUGCGAGUCGGAUGGGUCGGGAUUCGACCUGGGUGGCUGGUUAUCUGUGCGCAACCACCGCCUGAUGUUCGAGAUCGAAGACCGGAUUUAUGUCGUAGCGCUUGACGAUGAUAAUAGAAUUCAAGACAUCGAUUGUACCGCUCGCGCAUCAUAUUCGCUCCUCACUAGCUCCGCACCGCAGCUUGCUGUGCCGGUUAGUUUCAUGGCGCUGUAUGAUGAUGCGAUAAUGACCACCUACACUCCCCUUCCAGGUGAUGCGGCUCCACAAGAACAGGAAGCUCACACCCGUCUCUUCCCAACCAAAGCCAUCCGCGUUGUCAGCUUAGCCCCGGACCUUUCUAACCACAAGUCUUCAUCAGCCGAUACAGCCCAAGGCACAACGGCUAUGGACUCUUCGUCACCAGAGGCCUGGCGCUCGCCAGCACAAACUGGGCUGUUGCAGUUAGUUAGUAUGCUGGGUAACGAGCUUGAUGACUUCGAUGAUGAGCUGGAGAUAAUGGAAACAGAAGAUGACGAUGAGGGGUGGGAGGAUGCGGAUGAGACUGAGAGUGAGGACCAUGAGCAGGAGCAUACGGCUGCACGUGCACAUGAAUCAGCCUAG